AUGCGCUUCUCGUCGUUCCUCGCCACCGCCCUGCUCGCCCUCGCGCCCGCCGCCCUCGUGGCCGCACAGGCAAACGACACUCCCGAGCUCGGCAUCGUCACCACCUUCCCCAAUAACCCUUUCUCUAUCGUCAAGAAUGGCCAGCCCAACACCGUCGUCUUUUCCAUAACCAACCCGCCCAAGGAGGACCGCCUGCUCACCCUCCAGUCGGUCACCGGCGCCUUCUUGAACCUCAAGAAGACCGACGGCCAAAAGGGCCGCGUCGUCCGCAACAUGACGACCACCGCCUUCAAGUCGCGCCCGCUCCGCUCCGUCGGCGGCAAGCCCGUCCAGAUCCCCUUUGACUUUGUCCCCGAGUUCAAGCCCCAGGAGAUGGGCGUCGAGUUCAGCCUCCUCGUCAACGACGAGCAGACCGGCAAGAAGCACCGCAUCGAGGCCUACCGCGGAAAGGUCCAGGUCAUCGAGCCUCCCAAGAACUGGUUCGACUGGCAGCUCCUCUCGGUCUAUGCCCUCGGCCUCGCCUUUGUCGCCGGCGCCGCCCUCUUCGCCUACAACACCUACCUCGCCCCGCAGACGUCCAAGAAGGCCGCGCCCAAGAAGCCCGUUGCCGCCGCCGCCGGACAGGAGAAGAAGGUCGACAGGCCCACGCUCGUCAAGACAAAGUCGGGCGCCUACGAGGAGGACUGGAUCCCCGAGGCCCACAUCCGAGCUCGCAAGACCCGCUCCGCCGGCGGCGCCCUCAGCAGCGGCGACGACGAGCCCGUCUCGCCCGGCCGCAAGCAGCGCAAGGGCCGCAAGUAG